GGGUGCGGCUGUCAACCGAUCCAUAGCGCCUGAGAAAAGUUAUAUAGGACUAUCGCCCACUUUCAAGAGCAUUAAAUCCUCAUAGUCCGUACCAUAGCUCAAGGCAACAACGUUCAGGUGAGUCUCGUGCACUUAGGAAUGAUUUUAGGCAUGACAGGUCACGCGUGUUGGCAGGUGUAGCACUUAGCCAAUAGCGGCUUUUCCUCGGAGCUAUUUACCAAGAGUACUAAAGGCCGCUGUCUGGUCCAGCCGCAGGUGUGCAUCAUACCUCGAAAUCCCCCAUGAGCUCCUCUUUGUUUUCUUCUGCCCUGUUGCCUUUUCAACGCUAUGGCACAAACUUGUAUAGUUUGUUUGAGCGAACUGGAGUUGUCCGACUCAGAUCCAGCAAUCAAAACGGAACCCGAUGACCUUGAUAGCACUCCUACCACUUCUGGACACACCGCCCUCACAUCCAAAGGCAAAGAGCCUGAACAACCUCCAACUCCCGAGGACGACGAUCAACUUCUUGCACACUUGCUACCAUGUGGUCAUAACUUGCAUAAUGAAUGCUUGAAACCGUGGGUGGAACGGGCAAACAGUUGUCCGAUCUGCAGAGCGAGCUUCAACAAGGUCGAGUUAUGUGCCCAGAUAGGAGGAAGCGUGAUAGCAUCUUACGAUGUGGCUGACAAGAGGCAAGAGCCCACUCUAGACCCAGGUCUCCUCAUACAGGACGAAUUAGAUCCUGAUGAAACACAUCAAGACCCUUGUACGGUUUGCGAGGAAUAUAACAAUGGUCGAGAGAGCGAAUUACUGUGCUGUGAUGGCUGCAAUAACACCUGCCAUCCAUUCUGCGCAGGCCUAAGUCGCAUCCCGGCUGGACCCUGGUAUUGUCAGGAUUGCUUCGAAGAUCCGGCAACUCUAUUCACCUCUCGUAAUCGAAUUUCGGGGCCGAACAUUCGCAACGGUCGGCAGCACCGUCGACGGCAGAGUAAUCCUGAACAAGAGUGGGCACGCGUGUGGCAAUCAAUCAGGAGUAGCACAGGUAUCGAUCUCGAUUUUCCCUUCGAAACCCCUGAUGAACAACAGCUCAAUGCGGCCCGUCGCGCAAGAGAUGAUCUAGAGCAGCGAGCUCGUGUGGCUGCCGAACAAGGUGCCGGCGAUCGCUUUAGGCGAGCCGCCGAAACACUUCUGGACGCUCGUGCACAACGCAAUAAGACACCCCCGAAGCCAGAACCUGAAUCACAAGACGAGAUCCGCGCGUGGAAUGCAUUUGAAAAAGCGAAGGUCGUUCGUGCUGGAGGCCCUUCGGCGUCCAACAGGCGAAAGCGCAAGUCUCGAAGUGGUACCCCAGAAGAAGAGGCUAUGGCUCCUGAGCCUGAACGAACUCUCAAAAGACCACGUACACGGAAGACCCAGAAUACAGGCGAAGCCUCUACAUCAAUACCAAGUGCACUGAAUAUAACAAAUGGAACUCCGGGUACAGUUGGAACUGUGUCUGCACCAUAUCCUGAGCCUGUACUUGCAGUAGCACCUGUGGCGGAAACUCCAAUUGUUCAUCCUGGACCAAGUCAUUCACGAAUCGAGCGCGCAACAACUGUAACACAACCGAGCUUCUUGCAGUCCUUAUUAAAAGAAGUCGAAGUCAAUGCCUCGGCUGAUGAUGGUCAGCUGAAUCAAAUCGAGCUAGCACCAUUCAUCGAUCGUGCCUCGUCACCUCAAUCCCCUCAACUCUCUUCGCCUGGCGCAUCACCUCCACUCUCUGCUCAAGCCACCCCCCGGGCAGGAACCCCCCCACCACUAGCACUCAGUAGAGAUUCCCCCCCUCUAGCCUCGAACGUCAUUCCUAUAUACCCUGCAGCACCUGAAUUCCCGCCCUUCUCACCGGCUGACCCUGAUGCUAUCAGUGGGAACGAACGGAAAGACCGUCACAAUCGACCCUCUCGUCGAUCGCCAGAAACCAGUCCCCAUAGGUCGCAUGACGCUUCACCAACCCGACCCAAUAUGUCUUACUCAACGAAAUCCGAGAUACAACGGAUGGUCACAGCAGCGUUGAAGCCACGAUACCGCAAGCACGAAGUCACUAAAGAUGAAUACACUGACAUCAAUAGAGAUGUAUCUCGCCUCCUGUAUGAUAAGGUCGGCGGCGCGGUCGGCCUGGCAGAUGCUGCUACGAGAGAAAGAUGGCAGAAGCUUGCGGAGGACGAGGUAGACGUUGCUGUAAAGACCUUACGAGAGACCAAUCCCAUAGUCAAGGAGUCGCCUUACAUCAUCGCAGGAUCUUGAGCAGGCCGAUCGUUUGAAUAGGUAUCAACCUUGUAGCUGGCUGCUGGCUACUUUCGAGCAAGUUCGUACUCGGAGGCUAAGCUGAGCGUCCUCUGCUGCGUCACGCAUCUCGCGUCGCGCU